GCAGCCCUGUGUGCUCUUCUCCAGGGGACACUUCGCUCUCGCUGUGGCAACACUCGAGCUACCAGAGACAUCAUGGUCUUUGGAAAGUUCCUCCCCUUUCUGGCUCUCAGCAGCCUGUGGAUCCUGUGCCUGGCCAGCAGCCUCCAGGCAGCACCUUUGCAGCCAACCUUGGAGAGCAGCUUAGACCUGGCUACCCUCAGCGACCAGGAAAAGCGCCUCCUGGUGGCUGCACUGGUGCAGGACUAUGAGCAGAUGAAGGCCAGGAAGCUGGAGCAGAAAGAGCAAGAGACUGCGGACUCCAGCAUUCGCAACAAGCAGCAUGCUAAGGAUCAGAUAAUCACGUCUGAGGAGAAGCUGGAAAUGUUGUUCUCAGCAAGUGCCCAGAAGAGAGCCUGCAACACUGCCACCUGUGUGACCCAUCGGCUAGCCGACUUGCUGAGCAGGUCAGGGGGUAUGGUGAAGGACAAAUUUGUGCCCACCUAUGUGGGUUCCAAAGGCUAUGGCCGGCGCCGCAGGGACCUUCAGGACUGAGGAGCUAACGGCCCCCAGAAUGAAGGUUAUGUGAAGCUGAACUCACCACGUCUAUUAAUUUUAUUAACAAAGACCUGAUGAGAAGGCCCCAUAGACAAUGCAUAUGUCUGCAUCCUGAUAGUUACCGGAGAACAUCACCCUUGUCACUGGAGAGGAAUGAAAUUGAAUAUAAAUGAGUUAAUUCUGUGUUCGUUUGGAUCAUUUUUAUGCUGAGUCUGUGGUCAGUCAAUGUGAUGGCGUCUCCCACAGGCUUCCCUAGCACAGGUUCUCAAAAAGUCAUCCAACUGAUGGUGGCAGCUCUGUUGACCCUUAGGGAGAUGUGAAAUCACUGCCUCUUGUAGCCUCUGGAGACUCUUGGUAGAGGAGAUACCGUGCCUUCGUGUCUCAGAACAUGAUUGUACAUUUAUGUAAGGAAAUGUCAAAAUUGUAUCAUUUGUGAACUUCAUCAAGAUUAAAGCAUAUUUUGAAUA